UGGUUAAUUUACUAUCUUGAUAAAAAUAUUUUAUAUGAUUUUAUGCUUUGUACCACUCUGUAUUUUUUUCUGAGAUACACUAUAUUGCCAAUAGUAUUGGGUCACACCUCCAAAUCAUUGGAUUCAGGUGUUCCAAUCACCUCCAUGGCCACAGGCAUGCAGACUGCUUCUACAAACAUUUGUGAAAGAAUGGGUCAAUCUCAGGAGCUCAGUGAAUUCAAGCGUGGUACUGUGAUAGGUUGCCAACUGUGCAAUAAGUCCAUCCAUGAAAUUUCCUUGCUACUAAAUAUUCCAUGGUCAAAUGUUAGUGGUAUUAUAACAAAGUGGAAGCAACUGGGUACAACAGCAACUCAGCCACGAAGUGGUAGGCCACAUAAAAUGACAGAGCGGGGUCAGCACAUGCUGAAGCGCACAGUGCACAAAAGUCACCAACUGUCUGCAGAGCCAAUAGCUAAAGAUCUCCAAACUUCAUGUGGCCUUAGAGAGCUUUAUGGAAUGGGUUUCCAUGGCCAAGAAGCUGCAUCCAAGCCUUACAUCACCAAGUGCAAUGCAAAGCAUCGGAUGCAGUAGUGUAAAGCACACCACCACUGGACUCUAGAGCAGUGGAGGCAUGCUUUCUGGAGUAAUGAAUUACAUCCAAUGGAUGUGUCUGAGUUUGGCUGUUGCCAGGAGAAUGGUACUUGCCUGACUGCAUUGCGCCAAGUGUAAAGUUUGGUGCAGGGGGGAUUAUGGUGUGGGUUAGUUUUUCAGGGGUUGGGCUUGGCCUGUUAGGUCCAGUGAAGGGAACUCUUAA